GUGUGCAUCAGACUCUCUUUGUCUUCCAAAAUCACAAUCUCAAACACCAAAACUUAUUAAGAAGGAGAAAAACUAAGAGAGUGAAAGAAAAACAUAGGGAGGAUCUGCUGUGUCCUUCUGGAGAAGAAGGAGACGAGGGGUGAGAGGUAACAACGAGCAACAACCCGGAAGAGAAAGAGAAGAUGAGUGGUGAGCUGUCAACCAGGUGCGAAGUCAAAUUGAAGAAUCAGACGAGAUCUGCGAAGCUGGGUGCGAAGUCAGAUCAAGAAGAAGUUCAUUGCCAAAAAAAGGGCGGGCUGUAUGGUGCUCACCAAAUAUUGUAAGGGUUCACCAAAUCUGGAUUAGUUUUAGAGGCUAUAUUCCAUCCUAUCCACUGUAAAGUGCUAACUGAAUAUGGCCCUAGCGUCCGCUACUUCCACACCAAAGAGGUACGCAGUUGUCACCGGAGCAAACAAGGGGAUCGGAUUUGAGGUCUGUAGGCAGCUGGCCUCUAAUGGGAUUUUCGUGCUUUUAACCGCCAGAGAUGAAAAAAGGGGCCUUGAAGCUAUUCAAAAGCUCAAGGAUUUUGGCAUCUCUGAUGACUUACUGGGUUUCCACCAGCUUGAUGUGGUAGAUCCUCACAGUGUUGCUUCCUUGGCUGAAUUUGUCAAAAUCCAGUAUGGAAAACUCGAUAUUUUGGUGAACAAUGCUGGCAUUGGUGGAAUUGUAUAUAACCCUGAUAAUUUUCGAAGAGGCGUUGAGCUUUGUGGUGAUUGGGUAAAUAGUAAGGCUUCCCUUAAACAUUUACUUCAAUGGUGUCUUCUUGAUGUAUUAAUUUCAUAGGCUCAAGUGUUAUGAUGUACACAUUGCACACAUGGCAUAACAGAGUUAAACAAAUCAAAAUAUAAUAUAAAUUCUCUCUCUUACUCUACACUUUUUUUUGUAAUUUUAAAUUUUGGCUAAUCUCUGCACAAUAUCUAAAAAAGUAAUUGUCCUUAAUAGGAGUAAAACAUACUCCUUUUCCCUAAAUUGGAGUGCAUCCUGAUUAUUCCCUAAAUGAGACUACACAUUAAUGCGGAGAAAGGUGGCGGCAGCUUCGGGAUGGUGACAGAUUAAUGCUGGAAAAUUACGGUGCUGGCUGCAGCUCCGAAAGCAGUGGUGGCUGGCCCAAAGCCCAAGCCGGAAAAAUACUUCUAUUUGGGAAAUUUUGAAAACCUACUCCUAUUUUUGCACUUCUCCCAUGUUUUACUCCUAUUUGGGGAAUUAUCUUUAUCUAGAAUGUGACAUUGUGAUUAACAUUAUACAGAAAAUGUCACCAAAAGUGUUAGGAACUGUGGAAAGAAUGAGAGGGAAAUUUUAUUUAUUACUUAUUGUGUGUUUAUCACUCUUGUUAGUGCACCAUGCACAUCAUAGCAUUGUGGAUCGUGUUUGACUGAUGUACAUUUUUUAAUUUUAGUAAGGUAAAACUGUUAUACAUCAUUAGUCGUACAUAUGCUUUUUAGAGCUAGUUGUUUGCUUUUUAGGGUUAAUCCAAUUUAUCAUAUGGUAGUGGUUUCGAAUUCUUUAUUUUUGCGAAUUACAUGAAAAUUUUGAUCAAAUAUGAAUCUUUUAAUUGGGUAAAAAAGGUGUGUGAAAUGAGGCUCUUUUUUGGGACACAGGGAGUAUUAGUUGUGUGUAUGUGUGGUAUUGCAGCCAGAUGGAAAGGAAAUAAGUUGGAAUGAAAUGGCAAGUCAAAGUUUUGACUUAGCAGAACAAUGCCUUGAAACAAACUACUAUGGUGCCAAAAGAGUGGUGAAAGCACUUACUCCCGUUCUGCAGGCAUCUGAUUCUGCAACUGUGGUCAAUGUUUCUGCGGCAUUAGGGGUGUUGCAGAAUAUACCUAACGAAUGGGCAAAACGGUUAUUGAGCGACGCUGAAAACCACCUUUCUGAAGAGAGAGUUGAUGAAGUUGGGAAGCAGUUUCUGAUGGAUUUCAGGGAUGAUUUGCUAGAAACCAAAGGCUGGCCUCUUCAAGUCUCGGCCUAUAUUGUUGCUAAGGCUUGUAUCAAUGCCUACACAAGGAUCCUGGCAAAAACUCAUCCAAGCUUUCGAGUCAAUGCCAUAUCUCCUGGUUUUUGCAAGACUGACAUAACCAACAAUCUUGGUCCUUUAACUGCAGCUCAAGGAGCUGAAUAUGUUGUGAGGUUAGCACUGCUUCCUAAAGAUGGGCCUUCUGGCUGUUUCUUUAAUAUGACAAAAGAAUUGCCAUCUUUCUGAAUGAUUAGUUUAAGGUCAUGUCAUUGUGUUGUGAGCUGAAAACUUUAAAAAUUCCCCUCUGAACAUAGUGAUGUGUAUUGGGAACUAAUGGAUGAAUUUAAAUCAACUGUAUUUUUUAGUCAAUAUUUCUAGACAAGGUUGUGGCAUGCUGAUUAUAUUUCUU